UUUGACAUAAUAUUUUAUGAUUAGUUUGAGACAAUCUGUAAUAUUAUUAAUAUGGUUAAAAUACUUCAGAUAUUUACAAGAAACAUGUGCAGUAUUGCACUGGGCAAGAAACCACCUAUACCUGUAUUUGGAAUUGAAGGUAGAUACGUGUCUGCUCUAUAUAGUGCAGCAUCUCAAAUGAAGCAAUUAGAAGAAGUAGAGAAGCACCUUCGCGCUUUGCAAAAAGAACUGCUCAAACCCAAAGUUGUCGAUUUCGUCGAAACUAGUAUGAUAUCAGUUGCAGCUAAAGCCAAAAUGUUACAAGAAAUAGGGAAGGAUGCUGAGAUGCCUGCUGCUGCUAUAAACUUUUUAGCAGUUGUAGCUGAGAAUGGCCGUUUGAAGAAAUUGAGGCGAAUGAUAACUAUGUUUCUCGCUGUGAUGGUAGCACAUAGAAACGAUGCAUUAUGUGAAGUGAUCACUGCCACACCUCUAGACGAUGCUAAUCGCAAGUCUCUCAUGGAUGCUCUGAAGAAGUUCGUCAAAGAAGGAAAGAAGAUACAGCUUACAGAAAAAGUGGAUCCAUCAAUUAUUGGUGGGAUAAUUGUCGGUGUUGAAGACAAACAUAUCGAUAUGAGUAUCGCUAGAAAAAUACAAAUGUACACUGACAUAUUAAAACAAUCUAUCUAGAUUUAGUUAUUUAUUUAAAAUAAAUAACAGCAUUAUUCAUUUAAUCUUUAUUUUUCAUUAUAACUUUGCAUUAGGUAAUUUAAA